GGAGUCCAGAGAACCCCUCUUGACCAUGCACGGCGCAAAAGGAAUCGAGAACCCCGCUUUUGUCCCUUCCAGUCCGGACACCCCACGCCGCGCGUCUGCUUCGCCGUCCCAGGUGGAGGUCUCUGCUGCGACCUCCAGGAACCAGAAUGAGGAUUCUCAGCCUCGGGAAUCUGAGGAGCCCCAGAAGUCAAUGGAGCCACCUCUGCCUUUUUCAACUCCUCCAGCUCCUGAUGAACCGCCAGGAUCACAGCUGUGCGAGCUAGAGGAGGGACCAUGCGGGUGGAGGGACUUCCACCCCGGGUGUCUCCAGCUUUGCAACACACCACAAGGCUUUCUGCUUCAUUACUGCCUCUUGGCCCUCACUCAAGGUAUUGUAGUAAAUGGCCUAGUAAAUAUUAGCAUUUCCACCAUUGAGAAGCGCUAUGAAAUGAAGAGCUCACUGACUGGCUUGAUAUCAUCCAGCUAUGACAUCUCCUUUUGCGUGCUAUCUUUAUUUGUAUCGUUCUUUGGCGAGAGGGGCCACAAACCCCGCUGGCUUGCCUUUGCAUCCUUUAUGAUAGGAUUGGGGGCACUGGUGUUUGCCUUGCCACACUUUUUUAGUGGAAGAUAUGAAUUGGGAUCCCUCUUUGAAGAUACUUGCCUGACAACAAGGAAUAGCACCAGCUGCGUGUCUUCAUCCUCUUUGCUUUCUAACUACUUGUAUGUCUUUGUCCUGGGACAACUGUUACUUGGGACUGGAGGAACUCCACUCUACACCCUGGGAACGGCCUUUAUUGAUGACUCUGUGCCCACACACAAGUCUUCUCUAUAUAUAGGAAUCGGCUACUCCAUGUCAAUCCUAGGCCCUGCCAUUGGCUAUGUGUUGGGUGGACAACUGUUGAGAAUGUACAUUGAUGUUGCAAUGGGACAAAGUUCUGAUGUCACUGAGGAUGAUCCCCGGUGGUUGGGUGCUUGGUGGAUUGGAUUUCUUUUAGCUUGGCUCUUCGCUUGGUCUUUGAUAAUACCUUUCUCCUGUUUUCCAAAGUAUUUACCAGGAACAGCAAAAAUUCAAGCUGGCAAAACUUCCCAGACUCAUCAGAAUAGUAGUAAUUCCUUCCAACAUACAGAUGAAAAUUUUGGGAAAAGUAUUAAAGAUUUUCCAAGUGCUAUAAAGAAUUUGAUGAGGAAUACUGUCUUUAUAUGUUUAGUUCUAUCAACUACUUCUGAAGCAUUAGUUACUACGGGAUUUGCCACGUUUUUACCUAAAUUUAUAGAAAAUCAAUUUGGAAUGACAUCCAGCUUUGCAGCUACCCUUGGAGGGGCUGCUUUAAUCCCUGGAGCUGCUCUUGGUCAAAUCUUAGGUGGUGUUCUUGUUUCAAAAUUCAAAAUGAAGUGUAAAAAUACAAUGAAGUUUGCAUUGUUUACGUCUGGAAUAGCACUUAUGCUGAGUUUUGUAUUUAUUUAUGCAAAAUGUGAAAAUGAGCCAUUUGCUGGUGUUUCUGAAUCAUAUAAUGGGACAGGAGAACUGGGGAAUUUGACUGCUCCCUGUAAUGCCAAUUGCAACUGUCUGCGGUCCUAUUAUUACCCCCUCUGUGGGAGUGAUGGGAUCCAGUACUUUUCCCCCUGCUUUGCAGGUUGUAUAAACUCGGUUUCAAGCAGGAACCCAAAGGUAUAUUACAAUUGUUCCUGUAUUGAAAAGAAAGCAGAAAUCACAUCGACUGUAGAAAGUACUGACUUUGAAGCUAAAGCUGGAAAAUGUGAAACUCGGUGUGCAAACUUGCCCGUAUUUCUUGGCAUUUUCUUCAUUAUUGUUGUCUUUACCUUUAUGGCAGGUACUCCAAUAACUGUGUCUAUAUUAAGGUGUGUCAAUCACAGUCAGCGGUCUCUAGCAUUGGGAGUACAGUUCAUGUUACUGCGGUUGAUAGGCACAAUACCUGGACCAAUUAUAUUUGGCGUCACAAUAGACAGCACAUGUGUUCUGUGGGAUGUCAAUGAAUGUGGAGUUAAAGGAGCUUGCUGGGUUUAUGAUAACAUCAGGAUGGCCCACAUGCUGGUAGCCAUAAGUGUUACUUGUAAAGUCAUCACCAUGUUCUUCAAUGGACUUGCAAUUGUCCUCUAUAAACCACCACCACCAGGCACAGAGGUGUCAUUUCAAAGUCAGAAUGUUGUUGUGUCUACUAUUUCCAUAGAAGAGGAUCUCAACAAAGUUGAAAAUGAAGGAUGAGAAAGGAAAAGAGAAUGCUUUGGAAAACUGGCUCCUGUCUGUAAGAACACACUGUCCCAGGACACCAUUUUCUAGUUCAUGUUAGACUUUUCCCUUAUGAACCCAUGUUCCACAAUUGAGGUUGUGUGUUGUCUAUGUACAGAUACCUAUGUUUGUUAUAAUGCAAAAAAAAAAAAAAAAAAAGAAAAAAAAAGAAAGAAAGAAAAGAAAAACAAAGAAAAAAACCAACCAAACAAAAAAAUCCUGUGCCUUUAAAGUUCACCAGAAGCCACAAACCAUACAGAUUCUUAUUGGCUUCCAUUGUCUAGCCAUGAGAUCAUCAAGGCAUAACAACAGUGGCUAACAACAAGUAAUUAAAAAUUUACAGUGAAAAACCACAGGUGCAUAAAUACAAAUUAAAACAUCAGUUUUUGUUUUCCUUUUUGUAAGACCUCACAGAUCCCCAGCUUCCCAGGAACUCCGGUAGCAAAGGAUGACCUUUGAUUCCUGAUCCAACUGGCACUACACCUCAAGUAUUGGUGUCAGAAGUGUAUGUCACCACCAGGGCUCACAUUGACAUUUUUAAACUCUUUAUGUAACUAGUUACACUUCAAUUUUCAUCAUCAAUAUUUUCAAUUUAUUUGAGAAGUUUACAGCAUAAACAUUUAAGCUAAUCAAAUUUAUGUGACAGUUUUUGGGAGUAGUUAUUUAAAAAUCAUGAAAUUCAAGGCAGCCUUACAAUGUAAUUUGUUUUUAUAUUAUAUUUCCUGUUCUGCCAUUUAUUUUCAUAGUAAGUUGCUGAACUGGUAGAAUGUAGCAUAGUUAUCUUCUUUGUGUUCUAGUGCGUUUCCAGCCUUAGGCACAUCAGCAUUGACUAUAAAUGUUUUCAACUUAAAAUAAGACUUCUAGGAAGUAAUUUGUUAAUAUUAUUGACUUUUAACACUAAAACAUGAUUCUGUGAGAGUAUUAUUGAAUUAUAUAUUUUUAGAGGAAAGAACCAGCUCCGCCAAUGGAAAGUGCCAUGUAGACCUGAGAAGCUGUCACAGUGCACUAUUGACAAAUGCCUAUGCAUUGAAUACUUCAAAUUUUAUUUUCCAACCUAACCACUUAGCACAUUACUUAGAGGAACCCAAGCAGAGUUUCGUUUAAUAAGCAUCAGAUAUUAGUUAAAAGUUUUAAAUUCUAUAAUGCAUUUACCAGAAGUGCAAGUAGUUCAUUUGUCUGACAUCAGAAGACCUAAGGCCCAUCUGUGUGGGUCCCUGACAAAUUUCCUUAAAAUACUGAAGAGACUGGUUUUUUAGCAUCAGCAAAACUAACUCACUAUUGUGAAAACUACUUCUAAAUAAGGAAUGUAGGCCUGCCUCUGGAGGCAGAGGCAGGAGGAUCUCUGUGAGUUCAAGACCAGCCUCGUCUACAAGACCAGCCUCGUCUACAAGAGCUAGUUCCAGCACAACCUUCAAAACCACAGAAAGACCCUGUCUGGGAAAAAGAAAGAAAGAAAAGUAUUCCAAGCCUAAGGAUGUGGCUGAAUGCAAUUUCUAAAUCUAAAUCUGAUACUCGGUAUUGAGAAGGUCUACUCAAAACUGAGGGUCAUUAUAAUUGAGUUGUUUUUGCAAAUUAAAGCUUCUACUUAAUAAGGUUUGAAAUCCUGUUGCCCUGCCAGCCAGCACCAGACAGCGCCACCCUCGGUAUUUCUUAAUAAGCCUCAUGUACCAGAUUCCCCAUCAGGACAACACGGACCUGGGGGAAAGACCUAGAAGAAAGUAGGAGUCAACAGCAUUAUAAUUCUAAGAAUUUAUAUUUCUGUGUCUGGUGGCAAUCUGUGUGGGAUCAAGGACCUCAGACCCUGAUAGCACUUAGAGGCUUAAAUCCAAGAAGUAGUAAUGAGCUAGGAGUUUAACUUGCAAGCACCUUGAAUAGUAAAUGCAGUCUCAGGAAACAGAGGGCUAGACCUACUUAACUCAGGAAUAUUUAUGUACCAAAAAAUUAAAAUAAAUGGUACAGCCAAAAUCCAGGUGUUUGGGGGAGGAGAUCACUAAAGGGACAAUACAAGAAAGACAGGAAACACACAUGAUACCUCAGGUGAGAAUAUGCAUCCCCAUCUUCCAGGCAUAUUAUAAAUACUCCUCCAUUAUGGCCAAGGGUAAUAGAAGUUAGACUUUCUACAUCCUAUGUGGAAGCAUGGAAUCUGGUAGAAAAACAGUAACAUAAUGGCAUUCUUGAGAAGUUCAGGGAUAGAAAUAUGAAAUGAGAAUAAGAAAUAAAACAGAUGAUCCAUACAAAUAGGUUAGUAUAUGGCCUUAACUUAGGGAGAAGGAAAAAAAUAUCUUAAACUUCUAGCAAACAGGUCAAUAAACAGUUGGCAUCCAUAAUGAUUAGUGUUCAUCACACUGACAUUGUCUUCAGUAUACUCAGUUUUGAAGUAUUUUUUUUGUAUUUUUUUAAACAAGCUUGCAAAUGAAAAUGGUUAAAGGGAACCAAUAACUUUCGAAUUGCAUGUACACAUUAAGAAAGGAUACGUUCAUUUGAGAUAAGGUAAAUACACUACUGUAAUCUUCAUUGUUUAUACUUGUAAAUUCAUGUAUGUUGGUAUGAUACUUUGAGAGUCCAUGUUCAUAAUAUGUGUUGGUCACAGCUUGUAAUUAUUUUAAAACAACUUUCAGGUGGACCUGCUGUAAUUUUGUACAUAUUUGACUAUAUUUUAAAUUUUGUCAUAUUUUAAUUUUCUUAACUGCAGAAAACAGAAAUAUAAAACUCAUACAUGUGAGGAAAUUGUAUACAUUUGACCUUGAUAUGUACAUUGGGAAAAGAUAUACAUACAUGAAAUAUAGACCUAUUUUCUUUGUUGAAAACAGCUCUGUAAACAAUUACUACAUGUAACUUUGAUUAAAUCAGAAUAUUUGUAUUA